GGGCAAGUAAAUGCAGGCUGCAGUGAGAGUGUCGCCAGUGCGGAGGUGACAGCGGAGAAUGGAGACAAGGCCGUCCGCCCGGCAAGCUGUGACUGCGGCGAGCGAGGACAACCUAACCCGCCUCAUUCCCUCUGGAACCAGUGUGCCGAAAAGAACCCAGAGGAAUUGAACUUUUUUUUAAAAGGGGCCAAAAGGACAGGAAUGGCUGAUCCUCUACGGAGGACUUUACUAGCGAAACUCCGGGGGAAGAAAUCCAAGAAAGGAGAGGCACUCGUCGCAGAAUCGGGCUCCACUGCUGCUGCUGAGGCGGCGAAUGUUGGCCGAGAAGGUAAAGAAAAAGUUGUGGAAAUGGAGCGAGACUUGGAAGUGUCGCUAUCAGGGCUGGAAUACUCGACAGAGAGAAUAAGUACGUACGAGAAUUGUGCUGACGGGCCAGUGGUGCACGCCGAACGUCGGGACUCGCUCCGGCGGGCUCGACCGGCGGAGUUAGCCGGCUCAUGUCCUCCGGAGCUCGGCAGCGGGGGUAGGGUUCGGGUUAUUGGGCCGCUUCAAAGAGAGAUGCCGUUUGGGGGACGGAAGCCUGUUACGAGCCACUGGGAGCCUGCGACUAAUGACAGAAUUACCAUUUCAGGUUCAGGUGGGUUGUCGUUUAGAGAACCCCAGAAAAAACACUUUGUUUCAAUCCCUUGGCAGUGCAGCGUCGGGGAUUCAAUUGGGUUUGGGGACAGUUCAAGCCAUAUUUGUUCCUAUAAACAAACAGGGUUAAAUAGGGAGCACCCACAUGUGCCAAGAACUGUAGUUACUGUAAAUAUACACAACACAAAGAAGACUUUUGACAACCAGCAAAGUUUGGACACACCGGUGAUCUGUGGUGACACAGAAGAAAACCUGUUCCGAACAAUUGAGAGCUUUGACCCUGCAUACUCUGAGGACUUUAAGGGCCCUUUGCAGAGCCCUGCCUUCUUCCCAACUGAGCUAGAAAUCUGUGAUAUUAACAUGGCAUCCAUGUGCACCACAAAAGGAUCACUCAGGCAUCCAUUAGACAGUGAGGAUGAUGAUUAUUAUGAUAAUGGGAUACUGCCUUUUUAUGAAGCUAUCAGAGCAAAAAGUGAUGGAGAUGCUGUGCCGCUGCCCAUCAUAGGUCAGGAUGAAGGACAGGCUGAUGAGAGUCACAGUGCCCAGGAAACAGACAGGCUUAGGAACCAGCUGAAAGAGGCUUAUUAUCUUCUGAUUAAUGCUAUGAAUGAUAUCAGUCUGGAUGUCCAACAGGUUAGUAGUUUAACUGAGCAGCAAACCGCCUCCUCCUGUAGUAGCCACUCUCGGGAUAGCUUGUGCUCUAGAUUGUCUGCCAAAAUUAUGGACAGCGACUCUUGGUCCUCCGGGGGUGAUCCCAGCCCUCAGCAGGUGUCUGACACUGACUCCCUCUUCCUGUGUCUAAGUGGCAACCUUGAAACAGACCUUCAAAGUAAACUCAAUAGUAAGAGCAUGCUGGACCUAUCUGUUGUUAAGAUAAAACCCCCUUUAGUGCGCUCUGCUAGUGACGGAGCCAUCAGGUAUCCAGGUGAACCUUUGCAGUGCACAAAUCCUCCUAGAACCAAUCCAGUCAUCCGUGAUGAUGAAAUGAUUCCAGAGUCAAAAUCAAAUAAAGACAGUAAAAAUUUUGAAAUAGUGGGUGACCCCUCAAACCGUCAGAUGGUCUGCCAUGCCAUCAGCAAUGAGGAGUGUUUUCAAGAAGUUGAUGGUGAGCACUUUGAUGAAAGCAGCGGUUCAGUCAAUAGCCUCACAGGUUCUUCAGACAGCAACACAGAGGCAUCAGCAACUCCAGAUCACGACGACAAGCAGCAGUUGACUGUCCUAGCGCGGGGAACCAACUCUGUCAACAAGGGCCAAGGUGUCACUGUAAACAAAAUGCAAGAGUGGAUGCACAAAGGUCGCCUUUUGUCGUCCGAAAUGAAGCAACGCAUAGAGGGCUCAUCCCCGGCACGCGGUGAGAGCCAAAAUCCCGAGCGACCCUCUCCGCAGGCGACCCACGGGGCGGGUAAGCCGGGUGUCCAAACAUCCUGCAGAGUGGUAAAAUCUGUCAAGUCCGCUGGAAGCAAGAUACCAUGGCAGCCAGCUCUCAUUGAAAAUGCCCAAACUCAAGGGGCUGCUAGGACCAAUGAGCUUUCAACAUGGCGACCACACCUCCACACCAUCACAGUCGCAAAGAAGCGCAACUGGCUGCAGCAGAGCACCCUCGGAAAGAACCAUUGCACUACGGAUGAGCUGCAAGGCAAGCUAGGAGCUGAGGAGGAGGUCUGCCAGUGCUCCACAACGCUGCCUUCUACUCCCAGUCCCUCCCCAGAGCAGCUGAGAGCUUCAGGGGGAGCACCUUCACGGCCAGUUCAUCUGCGCAUACCCAAGGUAAGCGUCAGUCAGUCCACGGGGUCGCCUAACCCCAGGAGUGUGGAUCCAGCAGAGGAGAACGAUGCAGAUGACGAAGGCGAGAUUUGGUACAACCCAAUCCCUGAGGAUGAUGAUCAUGAGGCGUCUAGGAGACCCUCUGUCCGGCAUCUCAUCCCCCAUAGGAGUGAGCCCCAGAGGCGGCCCAGCAGGGAACGGGAUGCGGCUCUUGUUGGGCAAACCCUGGACAACAGCGGGCCAGAGUCGCUCGAGGAUAGUAGUUCAGGAGAUCAGGGGAAUGCUGCACAUUCCACAGAGUCGCUAAAUCUGCACAGGCAGAUGCUUGCGUGCAAACCACAGGAGGAGGGAGGACCUUUUUCCACCAAGACUAUAGAUGUUCCAGACGUUACCAAUACCCUUGGCUUCUCCCCUCCUUCUAGCCCAAACCCUACUAAAAAGAGCAGCUCCAUCAACUGGUCAUUCCCCGACAAGAUCAAGUCCCCGCGCACAGUCAGGAAGAUCUCCAUGAAGAUGAAGAAGCUUCCAGAGCUGAGCCGGAAACUCAGUGUCAAGGGCCAAAGCAGCAGUAACAGCAAUGGGAGUGGUCAUUUAGAGUCCAGAUCCCAUUCACUCCGAGCCACCGGUGGGGGGUCUGAAGCCACCACCCAAAUAUCAGGCCCUCAAAGGUUAGCUGUAUCUGGAAUUGGGCAGGCCAGACGAAAUGUCAUCUCACGCUAUCACCUCGACAGCAGCGUGUCCACGCAACACAGCUUCAACAAGAAGAAAAACAAUGGGAGCUCCAAAUCCACCAGUAAAGGGGGAUACUUGAGCGAUGGCGAUUCACCUGAGCUUCUGGCUAAAUCUGGGAAGCACAGCUGUGUAGAAAGUAAGAUGGGGAGAAGUAAGGACACAGAUGGAACUGGUGGAAGCUCAAAACUAAAUGGCACGGAUUUGGACAUUGAUGCUUUCCGACAUUACAGCUUCACAGAGCAGCCCAAAUGUAGCCAGUACAUCUCUGGAUUGAUGAGUCUGCACUUUUAUGGUGCAGAGGACCUGAAACCGCCUCGCAUUGACUCUCGUGACGUUUACUGUGCCAUCCAAGUGGACUCAGUUAAUAAAGCAAGAACUGCCCUGCUCACAUGUCGAACUACCUUUUUAGACAUGGACCACACCUUUAACAUUGAGCUCGAGAAUGCUCAGCAUCUGAAGCUGGUAGUUUUCAGCUGGGAGCCCAUGCCGAGACGAAACCGCGUCUGCUGCCACGGCACAGUGGUCCUGCCUGCACUCUUCCGGGUAACACGUUCCCACCAGCUGGCGGUCAAGCUGGAGCCUCGCGGGCUUAUUUACGUCAAGCUGGGCCUGAUGGAGCAAUGGCAGAACUCUUUGAAUGGAGGACCAGGUGGAGACCGUAAACCCCAGGUGUUUGGUGUGGAAGCGUGGCGAGUGGUGGAGAGGGAGGACUCCGGACUCACGGUGCCGCUGCUCAUAAGAAAAUGCAUCAAUGAGAUUGAGAAACGAGGUUAUCAGGUGGUGGGGCUCUACCGUCUUUGUGGCUCCGCAGCUGUAAAGAAGGAACUACGAGAGGCGUUUGAAAGAGACAGUUACGCUGUGGAGCUUUGUGAAAACACCUAUCCCGACAUCAAUGUCAUCACAGGUGUACUAAAGGACUACCUACGAGAGCUACCCUACCCUCUGAUCACUAAGCAGCUGUAUGAAGCAGUAUUGGACUCCAUGGUCACCAGACCUCUGAGGAUAGGGGCAGGGGGCUGUGAGAAUGACCAGGCCGACUCAGAACACACCGUCAGCUUGCUGGACAACUUGCCUGAGGUGGAGCGGAUGACACUGCGGAUACUUCUCGACCACCUCAAGUUAGUGGCGUCCCACCAGGAAGUGAACAAGAUGACCUGUCAGAACCUGGCGGUGUGUUUCGGCCCUGUGUUGCUCAGCCAGCGCCAGGAGGCGUCCUGUCACAGCAACCGGGUCUUCAUCGACUCAGAGGAACUCGCCAGUGCGCUCCACUUUAAAAAGCACAUCGAAGUCUUGCACUACUUGCUGCAGCUGUGGCCAGUUGUGGACCCUCAUGAUCAGUCCGCCUCGCCCGAAGCCUCCGACUCGCUCACAGCCCCUCCACUACGGCGGCGGAAAGAGCGCCCUCAGGUGUUAAACCUCACAGAAGCUGAGAUGGCCGGCGUCCUGCGUCCCAAAGCGGGACGCCUCGACAGCCCGAGCAACCGCUACGCCGGCGACUGGAGCGGCUGCGGCGAGAGCUACUUCCCCUCCGAGACGCCACUUCCUCCCGGCAAAGAGGAGGCGGACUACGACGACGUGCCCUCAGAGGACUCAGACGCAGAACCACCUGAGGACGCUGCGAACCCUUUGCCUGGUCCUGCAGAUCAGGACGCGGUGCAGGAGGAGGAGGAGGAGGAGGAGGAGGAGGAGGAGGAAGCGGAAGAGGAGAAGCAGGAAGAGAAGAAGAAGGAGGAGGAGGAGGAAGAGAAGGAAAGUGUGUGCGAGCACAUCUUACCUCCAAGUCUGCCCACGUAUCAGACUUACAUGAAGAUGCAGGACAUCAGCCCCGUGCUGAGCCACAGGGUCAACCUGAGAGACCUUCAGGAGAGCAUCGACACUCUGAUCGGGAACCUGGAGAGAGAACUCAACAAGAACAAGAUCAACGUGGGAUAUUAACGUCUCACUUCUUCAAUCUGAGAAAAACAUAUCAUGGCACUUCUUCUUCCCCACACGCAUUCCUGACUUUUUCUUUGACUUGGCUCACGUUUCACGUUGUCGCUUUUCUUCUUAUUAGAAGAACCCCUCGACCCUCUCAGGGCUUUAAAAGGUGCCUUAAUUGUGUGAAGGUGGUCCGCCAUGUAGAAAACUCAGAUAAUCAGUCGUAUUAAAUAGAAAGUUGCUGCCAGGAUUAAGAGCAGAAAUAAAAAAUGCAGGUUUCUUUUCUUUUUUUUUUUUCCUGGCUGGCUUUUGAAGCAACAUUCGUCAUGCGGAACACUUUCGCAUCUUUUCAGCAGUAGGAAAGAAUUUCAGACGCUUUCGAUCAAGUGUUAUUUUCCAACAAAAAUAGGCAAUCGGGGUAUUAAAAGAAAAAAAGGGCUGAGAAAACCCAUCAUCAGACAAAAAAAAAAAAAAAGAAGCCCUGCUUCAUCAUUUUUUUUAGGGCCGUUAUUAACAGGCAGACCUUACUCCUGAAGUUUCCACGGGGAAAACUCAGAAGAUUUGUCUGGUUUCCAGCAUGAAAGCUUAUAUUUAUUAAGUGGGAUUGUGUCAUAUUGCACUCGGCUGUCAGCAACAUUGAUUAUUUAGCACACAAAAUGUGAACAACAUUCCCCUUUUAUGAGUUUGUUAUGUGUUCUCAUAUUGAAAUAUUCCCUUUGAAGCUCUCACGCUGACAUUUCCAACACGCACAUGUGUACAACAUGAACGCACUUAAAAAGUUUGUUAUUGUAGUUCAGGGGGGGACAUACUGAGAAAAGAGUAUUGUUGGCAGCAUUAUAAAAAAAAACAAAUAUGGAUAAAAUUAUUAUUUUGACUCACUUGUCAAAUAUCUCCCCAGACUACAUUUUAGUUGAAAAAGAUUAUGCUGGUGGUUCUCAUUUUUUAAAUUAAUGAUAUAAUAUUGAGAAGCUAAUAUUUAUUUGCCUGUCUGUAAAAUGACUGUAUGAGUUGCUGCAUGCAACCACCUGCUUAUACAAAUAGAUUGAGUACAUAUAUUUGCAACAAAUUAAAACAAUUUAAAAAGUAAGUUGAUCAACUCAAUUUGCAACAUUUAAAAACAAGACGUAUUGUUCCAGCAUGAAUAAAAACACCGAUAUUAAAAGUUCCCAAAACCUCACAGUUUGACAAGUACGACUAUACAACUUAACUCUGGCUAUAUGUUCACACUACAAGUAUUUUGUGCGUGAUGGACCCUCGGUUUACAAACAUAGUUGGUUCUUAAACAGGGUUCAUGAAUAAUUGUAUAUUGAAGAACAUUUCUCCAAAAGAAACAAUGUCAACAUAAAUAAUGGAUUUCAGCCUUGACAAAAACCCACAUUUUAGUAAAAGUGUGUACACUUUGAACCCAAUAUAGUAAAGUGCUAUACAGUACUGCAUAUCAAAUCAAUCAAUCAAUGUUUAUUUAUAUAGCCCUAAAUCACAAGUGUCUCAAAGGGCUGCACAAGCCACAACGACAUCCCCAACAAACAAUAACAUAAACAUAACGUUCUAUUUAAUGACAGAAAUCACUUUUUGUGUAAAAUAUCUGAUUUCACAAAAAAAUCAUAGCCUGCAGUGUGAACAUACACUCAAUAAUCUCGCGCCAUGACUCACUACUGCCUCGUGAGGACUAAACUGGCAUUGCAGGAGAUGGCUCCUGUUCUUCAGUGCCCAAACAUUGCUUACAAAAAGAAAUAAAAUACUAUUUUGUUCUUCUCCAUUUUGUAAAAGACAUUCAUUCAUUAUUUAUUUACUCAAAUCCCUCACAAUGUAACACUGUGUCAUGGCGUUCUCGACACUGUCGAUGCUGCGUUAGCUCGCGUUUAACAAAUUAUGGUCAGCACCUGACGUGAAAACUAUUCUUGACGCUUCUGCUUGUGCAAAAAUGCAGCUAAAUGUGAACAUUCUGACUUAGCUGCCAAAAACUACAAUUCUCAGCAAUGCAGGGAUGGAUUCCAAAAAGACAGUAUUUAACCUAUAUGAUGAUGUAUAUAUUAUUGUACGUGUAUUGGGAGCUUGUAUUUAAAUACGUCUUGUAGCAAUAGUUGCUUUUCUGCCCUUCGUGCUACCUGUACACAUCUUAACGUGCUGGAUUCAUGGUACAACUUAAGCUGUAAAAUUGAUGCUAAAACAGACAAUAUAUUGUUAUUUUUGUUAUAUUGUGUAUAUAGUUGACUUUUUUUUUUUUUUUUGGUCUCCGGUGGACUGAGCUGUGUUCAGCGUUUUUCGUGUUGUGAUAUAUUUUUUAUGGUACUGGCGGACGCCGCCCGGUCAAAAGCUUUAAGGCUAUUUCUCAUCUGCGUUUGUAUUUAUGUGUAAAAAGGUUAUUUUGCAAUGGACGCUUGUUUGUCGCCAUGUUUUCACAUUAGAGAUGCAUCGCUUCGAUGUUUCUCCAGAGGACCCAAUUUGUUGCUUUUCCCCAGCGAACACAAAACCGAUUUAUCGCACGGUGUCACAAAAGUGUGUAUGUAAACUGUAAUUAUAUGAUAUUAUUUUCUUAUCGUUCGUACAAGGGAUUUAGUUGUGGGUCCUCUGGAGGAAAAAAAAAUGCCACAAGCAAAACAUCCCUGAAAUAAAAACACAAUAUUACCUUGUAUUGAUCCUGAGUGGUGUAUACAGUAAUAAAGUACAUUAUUUUACCUUCAAGUCUCACCUGUUUGUGUGUCACAGACCUGCAAACAUUUUGGCAUUUGUCCUCGUCUGCACUCAUUUUGUUGCAUUUUGGAGUUUAUUUUGGUAAACCUGGAUAAUGUCUCACUCCUCCCCCUUCAAACCCUCUUACGUAGUAGCGUGACAUGCACACAAUCAAGUUCAAAUUUUUAACCUUGCAAACCGUAAGGGCUGCGGUCGGCCGGCUUGUAAAACCAUAUGAGUGUCGUAUUGAAUCGAUUAGUUCCAGCUGCAAUAACACUCCGCCUCUCUCUUUAUUGUUCUUUAUGCUGGCAAAGGCGGAAAAUAACAAUUUAAAUCAGCGGUCCCCAAACAUUGUGCC